UUGAAAAUCUCCAAGUUCAAAGACUCCCAAGAAAAAAAACACACAGAGAAAUAAAAAUUGUUUUCUUGUAAGAAUAGCUAUCUUUCUUGCACAUAGUGUCGACAUGGUGUGCAAAGAAGAACCAUUGGUGAACAAAAUCACUGAAUUAUAUGAGAAAAUCUCAAGUCUUGAGAGUCUGAAACCAUCAGAAGAUGUGAACAUGUUGUUCACACAACUUGUCUUAACAUGCAUGCCUCCUAAUCCUAUUGAUGUCACAAUAUUAUGUGACCAAAUCCAAGAAAUGAGGUCUAACUUAAUUAGACUAUGUGGUGAGGCUGAGGGACUUCUUGAAAAACAUUUCUCCACUAUUUUAGCUACAUAUGAUAACCCACUUCAUCACCUUGAUAUAUUCCCUUAUUUUUCCAACUACCUUAAGCUUAGCUUAUUGGAGUACAAUAUCUUGACCCAAAACUCAACCCAAGUACCAAAACGGGUCGCCUUCGUCGGGUCGGGUCCGCUUCCAUUGACAUCGAUCGUCCUAGCUCUCAACCAUCUCCCAAACACCCGUUUCGACAACUAUGACAUCGACCCGUCCGCCAACGAAAUGGCGGCCCGUUUGGUGGAACCCGACCCGGACUUGUCGGGUCGGAUGGUUUUCCACACUAAGGAUGUGAUGAGUGUAGGGAAAGAAGAAGUUGAAGAGUAUGACGUUGUAUUCUUAGCUGCCCUUGUUGGUAUGAACAAGGAAGAAAAGGUUAAAGUGAUACACCACUUAGCCAAAAACAUGGCACCCGGGUCAACCCUAAUGGUUCGAAGCGCCCAUGGUGCUCGAGCUUUCUUGUACCCGGUUGUCGAACCCGAUGAUCUUUGCGGGUUCGAGGUCCUCUCGGUGUUUCAUCCAACAGAUGAGGUGAUUAAUUCUGUUGUCAUCGCAAGGAAGUUCGUUGAUGAUCGAUCUUCCUCGGUCUAUUCAAUGGAUCAGUGGGAGCAAAAUCACACUCAUAACUUUUCUCCUAUAAGGAUGAUGCAAACUUGCAAAUGUUUGGAGAUUCAACCUUUUAACCCUUUAAAUCAUGUUGGAGAACUAGCUUCUAGUGCCCAUCAAUAAGCCUAAAGUGUAACACAUUUACACUACUUACCAUUUCUCUAAUCUUCCUUUGUUUCUUCUCAAUAAUCACUCCCAAAACUUUGUUAUUCCUCCAUUAUUCUUAGUUCUUGUUUUACUUUCUUUUCCAACCAUACAUCUUGUCCAUGAUCACCUCCCUUGUUCCUUAUAUAUAUAAAUCUUCAUGUAAGGUAUUCAUGGUAGGAAUAAAUUGCAUGUCCUACUCCUACACAUGAUAGAUUAUUGGUCCAACCCUAGCUAUACUAGUGUUUAUGUCAUUCAUCAAAUUUUCCAAUCGAACAUCAGUUAGAGGUAAAGUUGCGUACAUCUGAACAUAGGGUAUUGGAUAAUAUUAUAAAUAUAAGGUGAUCGUAACUGUUGUAUUGUUCAAAUAAAAAAUUCAUAUUGAAAUUCCCUUAGCUUGGCACAUCUAUCAAGAUAGAUUUUAAUUGGGAUGCCCUUUUUUUCUUGAGGGUUAUAUGAUUGGGUGUUUAUUGUAGUUGUUUUUCUACCUUGGGAGGUGGUGUUGGUCCCAUUGGAUGGAUGUUGAAUCUAAUUCUCAAUAAUUGGGAUUUGGGAUGGAUGAUGUGAUGAGAAUAGUGAAGAAGACACAACAUGGAAGCUAAGGUGUAAGGUGAAAUUUCGUCAAUGGUAUUUAUGGAAUCAAAUUAAGGAUUGUUUUUAUAAUAUAUUCAUCAAGUCCUUGUCAAAUGAGAUAUGAAAAUAUGUAUGUGUGGACUACGCCGAUUGCAUUACUAUUAGUGCAUGUAGCUGCAACUAGUUGUAGUUGUCACUAGAAUAAGCAGCACCAGUAUAAUGAACCAUGUCAAAUCAUGUUUAUUUACAUAUUUAUGUAUGUUUCCUCCUCAUUUUAAGUGAUACAUGUUUGAUUUUAUCUUAA